CCUUCAUAAAAAUCUGUAGGUGGUGAGUAAUAAAGAUCUAUUGUCCAGAAUGUGGCCCUAACGACUGCUGCAGUGUCAGCGUACAGCAUCAACAACUGUAUAGGAAAAUUUCAGAAUUUGAAUUCAUUGGUGAUCACGUUCACAAUGCUGGUCUCUUUCUCUGACAGCAGCACGACUGCUCCUCCACAAUCUCAAAGUCCGUCGCGACGAUGUCUGUCGCGUCAUCAUCGCCGCAGCCGAAAGCACGGUUUAGAUCAUCGGGAGCCAAAGGAGGUAAAGGAGCUACAUGUAGGAGAUAGAGAAGAUGCAGGAGGGAGAGGGAAAAGAUCACGCCGUCUCGUCUCUCUGGUUCUGUUUGUAUCGCUAGAAGCACACCAAAAUGUACUUGCUAGAAAAACGGGCAUAGGCACAGUCGCGCAAGGACAUCAACGGCAGCAUGCGCUUGCUGCUUCGACAAGGACAACGAGUGAAAGCGCUACUACGAUGAAGAAACUGCAACACCUAGUACUGGCAGCAAGACAGGGUCCAGGGAAUUCGACCACCUCAGAAGAGCCGAGCUCUGGUUAAGGCAUCCAUAGAUACUUACACACACUCACACCUUCGUCUAAGUAAGUACGUGUCUUUUGGAAAAGUUUGCACGUUCGGAGAGAUCCUUCUCUAAUUUAGCGCACCCACUUCAAGCUCAGGUGCGCCAGCUUCCACGGCUUCUUCAAUGUCCUCAGAGAGCAGCACGGCUGCAGUGACGACCAUAUCUUCUUCUACAGAGGCGAGCACGAGGACAGAGGCGAGCACGAGGACAGAGACGAGCACGAGGACAGAGGCGAGCACGAGGACAGAGGCGAGCACGAGGACAGAGGCGAGCACGAGGACAGAGGCGAGCACGAGGACAGAGGCCAGCACGAGGACAGAGGCGAGCACGAGGACAGAGGCGAGCACCAGGACAGAGGCGAGCACGAGGACAGAGGCGAGCACGAGGACAGAGGCGAGCUCUACAGAGGCGAGCACUACAGGGGUGA